GACGACAUAGGGAUAGACAUCGCUCCCAUAUAUCCUCGUGCCUCACAGAAUCUUGUGUCCAGACCCAGCUGCAAGGGCAGCUCAAGCGUCUCAUCCGACGUGAGUUCAAGCACAGAUCACACACCAACCAAAGCCCAGAAAAAUGUGGCCACCAGCGAAGAUUCUGACUUGAGCAUGCGCACACUGAGCACGCCCAGCCCAGCCUUGAUAUGUCCACCAGCUUUGCCAGGAUUUCAGAAUGGAAGGGGCUCGUCCACAUCUUCAUCCUCCAUCACUGGGGAGACAGUGGCUAUGGUUCAUUCCCCACCCCCGACCCGUCUCACUCACCCACUCAUUCGGCUCGCUUCCAGACCCCAGAAAGAGCAAGCCAGCAUAGACCGACUCCCGGACCACUCCAUGGUGCAGAUCUUCUCCUUCCUGCCCACCAACCAGCUAUGUCGCUGUGCACGUGUGUGCCGCCGCUGGUACAACCUGGCCUGGGACCCGCGCCUCUGGAGGACUAUCCGUCUCACUGGCGAGACCAUCAAUGUGGACCGUGCCCUGAAAGUACUGACCCGCAGGCUUUGCCAGGACACUCCCAAUGUGUGUCUGAUGUUGGAAACUGUCAUUGUCAGUGGCUGCCGGCGGCUCACAGACCGAGGGCUUUAUACCAUUGCACAGUGCUGUCCGGAACUGAGGCGCCUGGAAGUCUCAGGAUGUUACAAUAUCUCCAAUGAGGCGGUCUUUGAUGUGGUGUCCCUCUGCCCCAAUCUGGAGCAUCUGGAUGUGUCAGGAUGCUCCAAAGUUACGUGCAUCAGCUUGACCCGGGAGGCCUCCAUUAAACUGUCCCCCUUGCAUGGCAAACAGAUUUCCAUCCGAUACCUUGAUAUGACGGACUGCUUCGUGCUGGAGGACGAAGGCUUGCACACCAUCGCAGCUCACUGCACGCAGCUCACACACCUCUAUCUGCGCCGCUGUGUCCGUCUCACGGAUGAGGGUCUCCGCUACCUGGUGAUCUACUGCACUUCCAUCAAGGAGCUAAGUGUAAGCGACUGCCGCUUUGUCAGUGACUUUGGCCUGCGGGAGAUUGCUAAACUGGAGUCCCGCUUGAGGUACCUCAGCAUCGCCCAUUGCGGCCGCAUCACGGAUGUGGGCAUUCGUUACGUGGCUAAAUACUGCAGCAAAUUGCGCUACCUCAACGCGAGGGGCUGCGAGGGAAUCACGGACCAUGGUGUGGAGUACCUUGCCAAGAACUGCACAAAACUUAAGUCUCUGGACAUUGGCAAAUGUCCCCUGGUCUCUGACACAGGCCUGGAAUCCCUGGCAUUGAACUGCUUCAAUCUCAAGAGGCUAAGCCUCAAGUCCUGUGAGAGCAUCACUGGCCAGGGCCUGCAGAUCGUGGCUGCCAACUGCUUUGACCUGCAAAUGUUAAAUGUCCAGGACUGUGAAGUUUCGGUAGAGGCCCUGCGGUUUGUGAAGCGCCAUUGCAAGCGCUGUGUCAUUGAGCAUACCAACCCUGCUUUCUUCUGAAGGGACAGCUCUCACUGUGCAAUGAGAACCAAACAGUGCUUUGUAAAAGUGUCCCACAUAAGCACCCAUACCUAUUCACAGCAGCUAUUUUUCUUUCAGUAAGGUUCUUAGGAGUCUGGAUUUUAUUUUAUUUUUAUUUUUACUUUUUAUUUCUCAUGAGCAAAAGUGGUCAAACAAUGAAGAUGAACCCCAAAUUUCUAGUUCUGGUCAGUUAAUGUUUAGAUAAAUGUCACUAAGGAUGCAGCUCGGCAACCUGGCUGCUCACUGUGUCUCAGAAAUGCACCUUACUCCUUUUCCCCUUCUCCCUUCCCACUCCUGUACACAUGCCACACCCUAAAGUUCCACACUCACAUCUUCCAACCCUGCAGCAGCUGCAACAUUAGCCAUUGAAGAAGGCUCUCUCAAGCUGCUCCUUAAACUACUCGAUGGUCAGUAAACCCCACUCUUAAAUCCCACAGCAAGCAAAUGAUGGUUAAAGUGAUAUUAACACUUCGUGUGUGCAAAGAGCUGUCCUAUGUUCACACAUUAUGGCAAACCUUAUGGAGUAAGAGGAAACACGUUUUCUCACCCAAGUAACUAGCCUUGUGACCCUGGUCAAAAGACUUCACCUUUCUGAGAUUUCCACCACUAGAGGCCAGAUUUGGGGGAUUAGAGUCAUGCCCAUUUUCAAACUGAGAGAUGCUCUGCUCAGAGAUGCCAUUGAGCAGAGCGCUCUGUAGAAAGCACACACUGGUGGCACUUGUGAGAGAACUGGAUAUGUAAACGAGUUAUGUUUCCAGGAGGUUCCAUGGGCUCACUGUAAGUCCUCACUGGGUUCUGGUGAGGUCUCCUUGUGCUCUUAUCCGAGAACCACCGCAUCUGUACAGUGGACUAGGCCUCUAUUCUUCCUCUGCAAGGCUGGAUGGGUAGACUUACAUUCACACUUGCUUUAGCAUUCCCUCACCCCACCACAUCCCAUUCAGACAGGAGGGUGUCUCAUCACAGGAAGCUCCUAUCUCUGUCAGCUUGCGUCCUCUGAGCAUUUUCAAACCCAAGUAAGAACCCUUAUAAUUUUUAAUUAACAAGUGAGUCCCAAGGGAUCCCAUGUCCUUAAAGGUUUUUCUAAACCUUCUCAGUGCACAUAUGCUAUGCUUCAGGCACAUCUGUCCUGCCACCAGCAGGGACAGGUGCCUUGGUCCUGUCAUUCACGUUUCAUUUUGACUUCUGUCUUCUAUUUAUUUCUCCAUCACACGAAGCCUCCUGGGGUUAAGUUUACAAGUGUUUAAUUGUACAAACACCACCUCGCCCGCUGUCUGUGUGUUUUUUAUUAAUGGAUGUAAAUCAGACAUCCAGGUGUUUCAAUACUGUUCAUUCAAGGUGCCAGGCACAGAGAAGAGGCACUGGUGAGAGACAGAUGCUGGUCCACCCACCACGGUCUUGGAACAGAACAUUGAAAUCAUUUCAAAAUUUGAAUUUUAAGUGGAUGGGCUCUUAAGUGGUCCCUUCUGAAUAGAAACUAAUUUGCUAGUUUAAUUUCUUAAGGAGUCAGAUAGCAAGAAAAAAUCCUAUUGCUUGUUUUCAUAAACUCCAGUUAUUUUUUUUUAAGUAAACCCCGGGCUUCCCCCAAAGUAUUCUCCGAUCAUAUCCCUUCUCCAUCCCUGAGGACAGUUCACCCAUCUUCUUCUCAAUGUGUUUAGCCCCAGCCCCGUUGCUUCUCCAAGCCAAGCGUGCUACAUUUGUUACAGACCAAGCUUGUUACACUGCUCGACAACUGCACUCCCACUGUAGGCUCUGGUGUGUACUCUUGUCUUGUGUUGGGAAGGAGGAGUUAUGGGAUAAGCUGGCAAUUCUUCAGGAGGUUUCUGUCACUGAUCCCGUGAAUGCCAGCUUCCUGUUCAGUUCACACCGUCAUCAGGACAGAUGGCUGAUCAUGGGUGUCAGGAAAGAAAGUAAAAAGCUUUGGCUGGGGACAGGAUCUAGGGACAGCCACCGAGUGGGACAGCCACUGAGUUUAGAAUCAUGAAAGAAAUUGAAGGUAGCACCCCUCUGCUCUCUGUGUCUUUACCUAAACCUUGUGAUUUGGAGAGUCACAAUGGGUUGUCUGUUACCCUCGACACUGGGAUAUGCUAGUGAUCUGCUUCAGUACUCUCAGAACGAGCAGGGGGUCCAAAGUGGAUCCCUGAGCCAUUUGUAAUAAUUUUAUCACCACUCACCGAGUGUAUUACCUGAACUGUCUGUCAUGUGAGACCCAAGGGAUGUUUCACACUUGCUGCCUGCCCAGCACAUAUGUCUUUCCAAGUUUCUCCCUUCCCCAUCUUCUUCAUGCCCUCUGCUCUCCACCAGGGUGGAGAUACGGAUCUGUAACAGAGCUUCUUGGGAACAGCUCAGCAGGCUUUUGAGACCAAGCAAAUGGCCUCGUUAAGAACUUUAUCUGUUUGGAAACAUGGCUUCCUUCCUGGCUCUGCUAAAUGGAAUGCUCACUUCUUAUUGUUGUUUGUUUGUCUGUUUCUCUUUAAUUCUAAUGUUCAAAUCACGUUGUGCUGUAUGACUCUAGAAAGCCUUAAUUUACUUCCACCAAGAAAUAAAGCAAUAUGUUGGUAAUCAGA